AUGGUUGUGAAGUUCCUCCGACAGAGACCCUCGCUUGAUAGUAUUCGGGCUUUCAUCCGUAGCCGUUGGGGUCUGUCAUCCCUGCCCGUCGUCUCCGCCAUGCAACGUCCUAGGAAUAUAUUCAUACGAAUGUCCAAUGAGCUCGACUUUCUCAAGGCGUUGUCAAGGAAAUCGUGUGAUAUAGAGGGUGUCCCCUACCGCCCCUUUGCUUGGUCACCGGAGUUUGAUGAAGACGUUAAGCCUCCGUCGGUCCCUAUUUGGGUUUUCCUACCGGGACUACCGCCUAACUUCUACCACGCCUCCCUCUUAAAGAUGCUCACGGCACCGAUUGGAAAAUACAUACGUCGUGACAAUCCAACAAAGUGUGCCACCCGCACAGAUGGAGCUCGGAUUUGCUUAGAAAUCAAUGCAGCACAGAAGCCGAUCACACAUUUUUGGAUUGGCAUCCCUAGAAUGCCAAAGAGCCGAAGACAGGAAAUCAUAUACGAGACUUUGCCAGCCUACUGUUCGAAGUGCCGAUGCCAAGGACACAAUCAGAGGACCUGUCGGUAUGGAAGUGAUAAAAACCAAAUAGUAAAAGGAGGGAAGACCUGGAAGAAGGUAACCGAAAAACCCAGCACUAAGGAGGGUAACGUGGAUGGAGUUUUAUCGUUGGAAGCGGCUGUGACCAAUUCGGAAACUAUGGAUAAGUCGCUGGUACCGUUCGUUGGUGUUGUGAUCGCUGAACAGGGAGAAACAAGCAAACAAGCUCCACAGGAUCAGAUGCAAGGUUCUGAGCAGCUGCAAGGUGGUUCGGAGAAGGAAGUUCUGAGGGAGGUAGUACCAGUGGGUACGUCCACGCCUGGGUGUAAGUUGACGUCUGGGUUGCGAAUGAACGUCCAUGAAAGCAUGCAGAACAACUUGAAUGGCGAAUCGGUGGGUCUUGAAUUUGCGAUAAACGCUUUGGGACACAGUGAAGCUAGGUUUAACUCUGAGGUUGAAGGUGAAGAUGAUCUGGCCCAUGAUGGGUCUGCCAGGGAACCGGAGAGGGGACUCGAGCGUGACUAG